AUGGAGUUGUUACAGGAACCCCUGACAUUUCACGAUGUGGCCGUGGACUUCACCUGGGAGGAGUGGCAGCUCCUGGGCCCCGAGCAGAAGGACCUAUACAGGGACGUGAUGAUGGAGAACUACCGCCACCUGGUGUCAGUGGGGUAUCGAGUCAGUAAACCAGAUGUGCUCUCCAAGUUGGAACGAGGGGAAGAAUCGUGGACAGUACAGCGUGGACUCCACUGUCUAGUCUCUCCAGGUACAGUUGGUGAUUCUCUGCAGUAUCCCUUGCAAAGUCGAAGCAUUCCGAGUCUGGAAAGAUGCUGUGAAAAUAGUAUGUUUGGAGAUAUUGUUAAUCAGAGCAAAGGUAAUUUCCUAUUAAAGCAAAAUCACACUAUGUUUGAGAUACAUGAAAAACUUCCAAUAUCAAAGUUAAGUUUUGAAAACCAAAACAGAAACUGUAACAUAAAGAACUUUGUUGAGUUGAAAGGAGAAGAGACACCCAUUCUGCAUGCUAACCAUGAACAAUUUUACACUGAAAUUAUAUUGCCUGUCAGCACCAAACCCAUCAAUAAUAAGUUGCAGGCCAUUCAGGAACAGAGCACUCACCACAUUGAGAAAGUCCACAUAGGCGCUGAAUGUGGGAAAGCCUUCAAGAAAAUGUCUCAGCUCACUGAUCAUCAGAGAGUUCAUUCUAGAGAGAAACCUAAUGGAUGCAGUCCAUGUAGUAAAGCCUUCUCUAGGAAGUCCAGGCUUAGUGACCAUCAAAGGAUUCAUGAAGAUCUGAAGCAAUAUGAAUGCACUAAAUGUAACAAAACCUUCCUCACAACAUCACAGUUCAGUAUACAUCAGAAAACUCACAUGAGACAGAACUCUUAUGCGUGUAAUGAAUGUGGUAAAGCAUUCAUCAAAAAGUCUCGGCUCAUUUAUCAUCAGCGAUGUCAUACAGGAGAGAAACCCCAUGGGUGCAGUUUAUGUGGAAAGAACUUCUCUACAAAUCUCACUACCCAUCAGAAAACUCAUACAGGAGAGAAACCUUAUACAUGCACAGAAUGUGGAAGAGGCUUUUCAGUGAAGCGUGGCCUCAUCCUACAUCAACGAACUCAUACUGGAGAGAAACCUUACAUAUGUAAUGAGUGUGGGAAAGACUUCACCUGGAAGAACACUCUCAUCAGACAUCAGCGAGCACAUACAGGAGAGAAGCCCUAUGUAUGUGUGUUAUGUGAAAAAGGCUUCACCAUGAAGACUGAUCUCACUGUACAUCGAAGAACUCAUACUUCAGAGAAACCGUAUGUGUGUAGUGAAUGUGGGAAAAGCUUCUCAAUGAAGCACUGCCUCAUGGUACAUCAGCGAAUUCAUACUGGAGAUAAACCUUAUGUAUGUAAUGAGUGUGGGAAAUGCUUCCCCUGGAUGUGCCCUCUCAUCAGACACCAGCGAACACAUACAGGAGAGAAACCCUAUGUGUGCAAUGUAUGUGGAAAAGGCUUCAGCAUGAAGGGGGGUCUCACUGUCCAUGAGCAAACUCAUACUUCUGAGAAACCAUAUAUGUGCAACGAAUGUGGGAAAGGCUUUACUCAGAAGUAUAAACUCAAUGUACAUCGGCUCAUUCACACGGGAGAGAAACCCUAUGUAUGCGGUGAAUGUGGAAAAGGCUUCGCAGUGAAGAACAAGCUGAUUGUACAUCAGCGGAUUCAUACAGGAGGGAAACCUUAUAUAUUGUAG